UCAGUUUCCAGGUUUUGCUGCUUUGAAAGUGUAACAAAGAUGAAGUGAAGACAUCCUAAAAUUAUCAUCUGUGGACUAUUUCCACUGGAAAAUAAAGGACAAGGCAGGCAUUAAAGUAAACAGCACUGACAGGAUGUUUUGUUGUUUGAACGUGUUCCCACUGCAGAUCUGCAUGGGAAUGUGCCCGGACAUCUCAGAGGAGGAUAAAAGAGCAAAGAUUCAAAGCAGCAAAAUAGAACAAGCCCUUAAUGAGCAUGCCAGAGCUGAGAUAAACACAGUGAAAAUCCUUUUACUCGGUGCUGCAGAGAGUGGAAAAAGUACAGUGAUCAAACAGAUCAAGAUAAUCCACAGCAAUGGUUUUUCCAAAGAGGAGCUCUCUAGUUUCAAGCCCGCAGUAUUGGACAAUCUGCUAACCUCAAUGAAGAUUGUUUUACGAGGAAUGGGAAAGCUGAGGAUCAAUCUUGCAAAUCAAAAGAACAAGGUGCAUGCAUGCUCCAUUUUGUCCUGCAGCCAGUGCUUGGGCGAGGACCAAGAGCUGCACCCCUUCAUCGCUCAUGCUUUCUGUGCACUGUGGGCCGACCUAGGGGUGAAGGUGGCGGCAGCCAGAGGUUACGAGUUCCAGCUGAACGACUCUGCACUUUACUUUUUUGAAAACAUCAGUCGCAUCAUCGCUCCCAAUUAUGUUCCUACUGAGACGGAUGUUCUGCGAGUCAGAGUGCGGACUUGUGGGAUCAUUGAAACACAGUUUCAAGUUAAUGAAAUGACAUUUCGGUUGUAUGAUGUUGGUGGUCAGCGAGGUGAAAGAAGGAAGUGGCUGAACUGCUUUGACUCCGUUCAUGCUGUGCUGUUUGUUGUGGCCCUCAGCAGCUUUGAUUUGAAGUUGAUGGAGGAUCCUUCAGUGAGUCGGCUUCAGGAAAGUCUUCAGCUUUUUUCAUCGGUCUGCACCAACACACUCUUUCAGAAAAUCUCCCUGAUUUUAUUCCUGAACAAAAUGGAUCUUUUCCAUAAGAAAAUCCUACAUUCUGGAAGACACUUGAGAUUUUACCUUUCUAGCUAUAAAGGAGCUGAUGGUGAUGUGGAUGCUGCUGCCUGUCACAUCACAGAUUUGUUUUUUGCAUGUAACAAUUUUGACAGGCCAAUUUACCACCACUUCACCACCGCCACAAACACUGCAAACGUACAGGUGGUCCUCCAUGUGGUCCUUAAUCAGAUUAUCGAGGGGAAUCUUGCAGCUUUCCAGCCGUUUUAGGUCUCACAGCUUUUAUUCAUUUAUUUAUUCAUAAUUUGCCUUUUUAAAAUUUUUCAUCUCUUUGUUUUUAUUAAAAAUUUGUCA